AUGGAUGAGAGGCCAAAUAAAGAGGCCGGAAAGCUCCGUUCCAACUUUGCGUGUGGAUACGACAGAGCUGAGGCGCCACCUAAGACUGAUCUCGAUCUCCAACCAAUCACACCCAAGCUGGAAGAGAUUCUGUCCAGAGUGUCAGUCAGUGACGUCAUCGCCUUUGGAGCCACUUGCAGCACCUACCACCAGCUGAGCCUAAGCUCCUCCCUCUGGAGACGGCUCUGCCAUCGCCAGGCAACGGGGACGCAGCAGCCUUCCGCUGCCCCGCCCAACAAGUGGCGAAGGACAGCCAUCUUGAAAUACUCCCAGGGCCUCCAGAUGCAGCGUUUGGGCAGUGGGUGGUCCCGGACUCCCCAGUGGUGCAGGUCCGGGGGUCCCUCUGUGUCCCUGGCCGUUGUUCCUCCCCUGGCACUGGGCUACAGAAGGUCCCUGCCAACCCGCGACCACCUUCUGCUGUUUGACUACCAGGGCACCGUCUUCCUGCUGCGCAACGCCGCGACAUCAUCGCUCCGCGGUCACAUGACUUGGAGGAGGGCCUCACGCCACACUGUGCUGUGUCAGAAUGCCAAAGAUUUUGCCGUGGAUCCCCGUAGCGACAACUCCUUCCGUCAGUACAUAUACGUCCUGGUGAGCCGUGCUAACAGUGGUGCAGAGGCCGUACCCCCCAGCUGGCCCGGCGCCCUCGGCUCGGCCCCCCCUCUCACCCCUCCGCGGUGUGACUGUGUGGAAGUGUACCAGCAGGACACCAGCCAGAGGGUGUUCCGGAUGACCUUUCACCCCUCCCUGACCUUCAUACAGCUCCGCCUCACCGGCUCCGAGGUCAACAGGGUCCUGCUGCUGCUCACUGAUUCUGGGAAGGUCUAUUCUCUGUCUGUGAAUGAGACCCUGUUGAACACGCCCCGUUCCUACACCGUGCAGCUGGCUCUGAAGAAGAUCAGCAUCUCUCUGCCUCACCUGCCCAUCGCUCAGGUCCAUUCCAGCUACAGCAGCAUCCUCUACCUCACAGGUGAGGGUUCAGUCUAUUUGGAGGUGCACUCUGUUGGUGUGUAUCGUCAGUUCAUUGGGACCCAGCAGGGUUACGAUCCCCAUGACAUCCACACCCCUCUGCCGCUCUCCCUGCCAUACAAGGUGGUGAAGUGCUCUCUGGGACUGAGCCACUUGUGCCUGCUGGACGAUUGUGGCCGAGUCUUCAUGCAGGGCAGCAACCGCUACGGACAGCUUGGCACAGGAGACAAGAUAGACCGCGGCGAACCCACGGAGGUGGUACUGUCCAUGACUCCAGUGGAGGUGUGGUGUGGACUGAACCACUCGCUCGCCCUGCUGCAAGGGGAGUCUGGAGUGAAGGAAGUACAGGGCUGUGGCUGUGGAGGAGGCCGCCGACUGCCCGGCUGCUCCAAGGGAAGCGCUGUGUUCAUCAAACUGAACAUCAAAGUGCCCCGUGCUGCCCGCUCUCUCUGUGCCUCCAAAGACUGCCUCUUCCUACUCUGUUGCCAUGACAUCGCCGAGCCCCCGCUGUUCCGCUGCCCCCCUCCUGUAAAGGAGGAGGAUGAGGAGGAAAGUGAGGUGGCGAGAGAUGAGAGGGAGAGGCUGAUCUGGCAACUAGCCCAGCUGAGGGAGUGUGAGAGUCUGAGGCGAAAGGUGGACAUCCUCCGCUGGGCUGUGCAGCGACACAUGACCAUUAACCCCGCCCACAGGGAGUUCCUGGUCCAAGCGCUGAUCGCCAUCCGGUCCGUGUCUGACGAGCCCAGCAGCCAAUCGUAACCACAUUCACCAACAAUGCCACUUUUUUCAUCCUAACAGAAUGUUUUUUUUUAUGCUGUAUGAAACAAUUGUGGCCAAAGACUCCAUCCACAUUUGAUGUUUUAUUUUGCUUAAUAAAAACAGC